GGAAGUCUUGAUUCUGCAGAAAAUGUCUUCGGUCAAGUCAUGGAGGAAGGAAUGGGUUAAGUAGUAAUGACUUGACUUAAAAUUCUUUGGCAAUGGAUUCCUUGCAGACUUUUCAAUUUCUGGACUUAAGUGAUGCAAAUGAAGAUGAACGAGCUCUACUCCAAAACACACUAUUUGGGACAAACCCUAACUUGAAGUAUCCAGAACUUCCUUGGACGAACAAUAAUGUUGGAGAGCAAGAGGAACUACCAGAGUGGACAGAUACGCAAUAUGGCGUGGCCACGUUGCCGCACCAUGGUGUGACGGGCGUGUACCUCCCCCCUCCCAUCUACUCCACUGCUCCUCCAGCCUUGGGGUUGGCGCUGUCCAUCGCAGGAAGCGAGCCCGCCGUGGGUAAUGCUGACAUCACAUCUCCACCUGCUGCCAGCGAGGGGCCCCAGGUGGUGUACUCGGUGCCGCCCCCAACCACGCCUCAGUCUGUGAUGACGACCAUGUACCCCGUCAUGCAGACCAUGCCACUUUCCAACGUCUAUGUCGGCAACAUGACCACCAACGUCAGCGUGCACCCAGGCUACGUGAACAGUCCUUACCCGCACAUGUCCCCUCCACAGCCUGCAUACGAUGCCGAGGCCGUCCCUCGCUCCGGGAGAGAUAACGGCUCGAGACGACGUGGAAACAAGCCUCUUGGGAAACGAACCCCAUUGCAUGAGGUGGCCGAGUCCCAGACCGGUCACCCGCCGCAGACAUACCCCCCACCAGUGUUCACCAUGAACCCCCUCGCCAGCCCGUUCCAGCAGCAGGCAACGUUCUACCACCUCCCCGCCCAGACAAGCCAGCACAUGGUGCACCCGACGGCCCAACAUGCUACCGGCCCUCCCCUGUACAUGCCGGGCAACGUCAUGUACCAGCAGCCCAUGUACAACACGUACUCCGCACCGCACGUGAUGUACUCCAUGUCUCGAGCGGAGCAGGUGGCCGGGCUGCCGUACCGCAGCGCACCCAAGGACAUGGCGAACAGUCCCGUGACCGUGGCAGAAGUGUCAUACCCCAGCGAGCCCCCGUGCGUCAACAUGAACUACCAGCAGCCUCCGCAGCUGCUCAACCCCAUCUCCCCUGGCCACGCUACCAUCAGCGCCGAGGAACCCGUGUACUCGGACGUGUACCAGUCCACGACCAAGGACUUCUAUCCUGAGGAGCCUAAGGAACCAGAGGAGUAUCAUAGGACAAGGGAAUUUUAUAAUUCGGAAGAAGUGAAGGAGGUGUCGCCUAGCAUCGAAGUAGUGCAGGAUGAUGUAACCAGUUGCGUAGAGGAAGAAUUUGUGAACGUGAAAGACGAAAAAGUUAGUGAGGUAGUAAUUGUUCCUGUGCCUGAAGUACCCGUAGAGAAAUCCCCCGUCUGUGCAAAGCCCAGUGAUGCUGCAAGUGUUCCUACUCCCCCCGCGCCCCUUGCAUCGCCGGCACCGAUCGCACCGGUCACACAGGAGGCCAGCGCCCCACAGGUAAUGAGUGUCAGGAGCGCCAAGCGGACGCCCAGUCCUCAGGUGGAGACCCCAAGUCCCGUCGCUACCACUCCGAGGCCCGCCGGCAAGUCCUGGGCCAGCCUGUUCAAGCCGUCCGGCAUGGAGGGCAUCCGCUCGUCUGUGCCUCCUUUCUCUGGGGCCAAGCCGACUGCCCGCAUUGAUCCCUUCCCGUCGCUCGAGUCGCCGGUCGACGCCAACGUGCAGCCACAAGUAUCUGGCUUGAUUGACGACCCUAAUCUCCAUCGUUUGGGUGAGUUUUUGCUGAAGUACCAGUUGGAGCACAAGGCGUGCAGCCUGCAGCCGCGUGGCCUGACCAACCGCAGCAACUGGUGCUACAUAAACUCCACGCUGCAGGCCCUGCUGGCCUGCCCACCGUUCUACAACCUCAUGAAGUCCCUACCAGUGCGUCCGAGUGCACCGGGGGUCAAGUCUCCGACCCCCAUCAUAGACAACAUAGUGCAGUUUGUGAACGAGUUUGUGCCGCUGUCGACGGUUGCACGUCUUGGCCGCAAGGAAAAGGCACAGCAGCGCAAGGACGACAAGGAUGCUGUAGAAGUUCAGUACGGUGCUGCGUUUGAGCCAGGCUACAUCUACAAGAUACUGAACAUCAUCAGCACCGAUACGUUUAAGGUGGAAGGACGUCAGGAAGAUGCAGAGGAGUUCCUAAGCUGUUUGUUGAAUGCUCUCAAUGAUGAAAUGCUUGAGGUUUUAAAGGUUGUUGAAGGAAGCACCAAAUCAAAUUUAAGUAAUGGUGAUAUUGCGACCAAUGGAGAUGCAUCUCUUCAGAGUCAAGAUGAAGAUGAUUCUGAAUGGAAGGUGAUGGGCCCCAAGAACAAAGGUUCCAUCACUCGCAGAGCCGAUUUUGGCCGCACGCCAAUCUCUGAUAUCUUCAGAGGCCAGCUGCGCUCUCGAGUGCACCGUGCAGGCGACCACACCACGGACAGCGUUCAGCCUUUCUUCACGUUGCAGUUGGACAUUGAGCGUGCCCAAACGGUGAAGGAGGCUCUGGACAUUUUGGUGGGUCGUGACCAGCUGGAGGGCGUCACCUGCACCAAGACCAACCAGGAGGUGGAGGCGUGGCAGCAGGUGACCUUGGAGGACCUGCCGCUCGUGCUUGUGCUGCACCUCAAGUGGUUCGACUACAAGCUGGACGGCUGCUCCAAGAUCGUCAAGACCGUCGAGUUUCCCAUCGACCUCAAGCUGGAUGGCAAAAUUGUCUCCUCCACAAAGAAGUAUGGUGUCAAAGAAAAACAGUAUAAGCUGUUUGCUGUUGUCUACCACGACGGCAAGGAGGCAACCAAGGGCCACUACAUCACGGACGUCUUCCACGUUGGCUACAGCAGUUGGGUGCGCUACGACGACAGCGUAGUGACAGCCGUGCAGGAGGGCCAUGUGCUUCGCCCCCGUGGACCCCGCGUCCCUUACCUCCUCUACUACCGACGCUGCGACACCAUGAGUCCUGCCCCGAGCGUCACCCCCACCAUCAGAUAGACGCUGGCGCGCUGCUGUAGAAUACUUGCGCUUGUGCCUUAGCUUGUUUGGUCGAAGAAGCCCGUUUUGUGUGUGUGUGUUACCCUCUUUCCCCUUUCCUCACUCCCCAAGCCUGCCUCUGGGUUUUGUUCCUGUUCAUCUUGUCCAUCACAACAUUCAAAGUAAGAGGGAAAAGCCUAGAUGAAAGACGAGUUUGAUAUUUGAUUUGUUACUGUAGUUUACGUGUGUGGGCGUAAAAGGAUUAAUUCUGCCGUUUGUGAAAUCCUAGAGUCGUGCUGUGUUUUGUUUGCAAGGAUGAUUUUCUGUGUAUAUAAAUGGGCGCACUGUGAACCUUUCUCUUGAAGUGCUUUGUCGCUCUCUAAUCUUAUGUCGAGUUUCUUAGGUUGAAAAUCUUUUUCAGUGUGAUAGAUAACAUGUGUGAAAAUAUGUGUAACCUGCGAUGUCGCAAGACUCAUAACGUUGCGUGUAAUCUCUUGUAUAUAAUGCUACGCAGUCCGAAUUUUGUGAAUUUCAUACUUUAAAGACUACUGUGAUUUUACAAACCGUAUGUGAUUUACUUUUAUAGUGGGGUCCCUGUAUCACUCGUGUUGUAGAUUUAGAGAGACUAUUUCAACAAAUUGUUAGGUUUUUUUUUUUUUUUUUUCCUUAUCUCUCUCUUAAAACUGCUGGACAGGUUAAAAUUCAUAAUUAUUGUAUAUUUGAAAGAUAAUUCUAAUUAUAAUCACAUUGUUACAUCAAAUGUGAAAAAUAAGAAACUUUGUUAAUGUACUGCAGUUCUGUAAAAAAAUUAGUGUAAAAAUGAUUUGUGUAAAAAUUCAAUCUUGUUGCGUGUGUGAACUGUGGAGUUUUGAUAGUGCCUAUUGUUAUGUGAGGGUUGUUAAAUUAUGCAGUUUGAAUGUUUUACCACAAAUUUUGAGAUGACAAAACAGUAUUGGAAAUGUAAUAGAAUGUGUUCUGGGAUUACAAUUACAGAUAAUGGUGCUCUAAAGUAAAUAUAAAUACCCAGGUAAUGAUUUUAUUACAAACCUUGAUAUCUUAAUAUUUGAUAGUUGUGUGAUGAUUCGUGUUCUUUUUUGUUGUUUUUUUUUUUUUUUUUUUUUUUUUAAAUUUGGAUAGGGAUAAAUGGAGGUGAUGGCAAAAUUAUAUUUAAUGCCUA